AUGCCAGUGGGCCCUGGACCCACUUCUUCUGAAUUGGACCCUGAAUGUAUUCCUCAGCAUCACCGCAGGGAAGUGACUGUGGAUGGGCAUGAUGUGAUAGCCUGGCGAGACACUGGUUCCCUUUUGACUUCUGUACAUCGUUCUCUUGUGGAUCCAAAGUAUUUCCUCCCAGGUGAAGGAAGGAUGGUGCUGCGCAUCAAUGAAGCAGAAGGAGUUACUCUUCCAGUGGCCAGGAUACCCAUCCAGUAUGAGGGUUGGACUGGAACAUGGAAGGUCGCUGUGUAUGAAAGCAUGCCUGUGUCUAUGUUUACAGGAGAGGAUUUGGCAGAACAUGUACUUAGAAGGCAGAUGAAAGCAACUGAAUCCGAACACUCUCUCAAAGUGGACUGGGAAGAGGAGAGAAAAGCUGCAGAUUGCAAAUAUCUACAGAGACAGGGUUUUAAGAAACCAGAACAGAUGAGAAAACUGUUUGUAGCUGGCCUGAGCUUUCAGACUACUGAUGACAGUUUGAGGGAGCACUUUGAAACCUGGGGCAUACUCACUGACUUUGUAGUAGUGAGAGAUCCACAGACAAAACGUUCCUAUGCGUUUGUGACCAAUUCUUGCCAGGAAGAGGCAAAUGCUGCACUGGCAGCUGCACCACAUAAGGUGGAUGGUUGGGUGGUGGGACUACAGAGAGCAGCUCCUAGGGAAGGUUUUGUGAAUGGUGCCUACUUAAGUGGAAAGAAAAUAUUUGUAGGGGUAACUGGAGACCUGGAAGAAUGUAAAUUAAGGAACUAUUCUGAAAAAUAUGGUCUGAUCAAAAGCAUACAAGUAAUAGAAGAUAGGCAAAGUGGGAAGAAAAGAGGGUUUGCUUUUGUGACAGUUGAUGAUUGUGAGAUGUUUAACACAAUUGUUUUGCAGAGGUACCACACCAUAAAUGGACAUCACUGUGAAGUGAAACCACUUUCCAAGCAAGGAAUGCAAGCCGCUACUGGAAGCCAGAAGGGCUUGGGAGGGGAC